AUGAUCAUUUACAAGGACAUCAUCUCCGGAGACGAGCUCCUCUCCGAUACCUUUAACCUCAAGGAGGUUGAUGGCGUCUUGAUCGAGACCGAUUGCCGCAAGUACCUCAAGAAGACUGGCGGCGACGACUUCCAGCUCGAGGGUGCCAACCCCUCCGCUGAGGAAGCCGAUGAGGGUGGUGAAGAGGGUGGUGAGGUCAUGGUCCACGACAUUGAGGACCAGUUCCGUCUUGUCUGGCUCAAGACUGAGGAGGGCAUGAAGCCUUCCAAGGAUGCUUUCAAGUCCCACCUGAAGACCUACGUCAAGAAGGUCCUCACCAAACUCCAGGAGACCGGUGCCUCCCCAGAGACUAUCGACGCAUUCAAGAAGGGCGCCCCCGGUGCCGUUAAGAAGAUCCUUGCCAACUACGACAACUACGAUGUCCUCAUGGGCCAGUCCAUGGAUGGUGACUCUAUGCACGUUCUUAUUGACUUCCGUGAGGAUGGUGUUACUCCCUUUGCUACCCUCUGGAAGCACGGUCUCGAGGAGAUGAAGGUCUAA